UAUUGGGUGGGUUCGAGAAAACAUUUUACGUAUUUGGUCUAUUUCCGUCGACGAAAUAUACCAUUUCCUACAAAAUAUACUGUUUUGUAAUAUUCGCAAUAUUUUUUUUAUUAUUUUCAAUAACAUCUGUCCUUGAAGCAGUUUUCACUGAAACUCUAGAGGACACUAUGUUUUCCGGUUUACUUACAAUUGCCGUCACUUGCAUAAUGUUUCGAAUGAUUGUUUUCUACCGUAAGAAAAGCGUAAUAAAAAUGCUUCUUGUUAAUACGGAUAUCGCUGCUGAUGUUAAAACCUACUGUAUGGAUAACAGGGACCAGUACCAAGCAGUUCUGCAAAAGGUUAACAGUUUCGUUGACUUUGCAUACAAAAUGUAUUCGAUGUUUACCAUAACGGUGCUGAUGAUGAUGAUUGUACCGCUUUUUAACAAAGAAAAAGUUUUGCUGAUUAAAGUUUGGGUUCCGUUAGACAUCGAUUGGAAGUCUAAUGAGAUUGCUUUUUGGAUCAUGUAUGUAUUUACGAACACUACCAUGGCAUUCUGUGCCAUUUCAAUUGGACGUUGUUUGUUCGUUUGGUAUAUUAUGUUGAAUAUCUCGCUGAAAUAUGAGAUCCUGGGAUAUCGUUUAACUAAUCUUAAAGUAAAACAGCAUUCUUCUAGAAUGGAUAUCAUAAGUUGCAUUAAGUAUCACCUAGACAUCAAAUCAAACCUGCAAAAAUUUUACGAUUGCUUCAAUAGUCUGUUUACUUAUCAAAUUGUGACCAGCAAUAUUUCUUUAUGUGCUGAGGCCUUUGUCUUGGCUUUUAUUCAUGUUGAAACACCAUUCGAAUAUCUGCUGUAUUUUGCUACCAUGAAUUAUCUUCUCUUCGAGAUAUUUUUCAUCUUGUACUACGGCAACGAAAUUACAGUGAACAGCGAAAAAUUAUCAACAUUCUUAUUUCAAUCGAAAUGGUUCGAUCAAUCUCAUGGAAUUCGAAAAGACAUAAAGAUUGUAAUGGAAAUACUGAAACGACCGGUUAGAUUGUUGGUUGGAUUUGUAAUUGUUUUCCCAUUAGACUUGGCAACAUUUACAUCGAUUUUAAACAUGUCGUACAGUCUAUUUAACAUACUUAGGAAUUCCUAG